AUGUGGGAGGUGCAGAGGCUCUCCAGUCGCGUCAAGGCCAGCAGCAAACAGAAGGGCGAAGCAGAACUGCAGCAGCAGCAGCACGAAAGCAGCAACUCGCAGCAGCCGCAGCGCCUCCGCCUUUUGCCGCAAACGCGCGAAGAUGACAAAAAGCAACAGCAGCAGCAGCAGCAGCAGCAGCAGCAACAGCAACAGCAGCAUAUGCAACAGGGAAUGCAACACGAUGCGCCAGCCCUGAAAGCAGCAGCAGCAGCAACAACAGCAGAAGCAGCAGCAGCAACAACAGAAGCAGCAGCAGCAACAGCGGGAGCAACAGCAGCAACGACAGCUGCAGCGACCAAAACAGCAGCCGCAGCAGGACCGAGACCAGCAGCAGCAGCAGCAACAGCAGCAGCAGCAGGAGCAGCAGCAGCAGCAGCAGCAGCAAGGCCCCACUGCUUGGCUUUGUGGCAUAGACAAUCACUGGGCCGUGGUGCAGCUGACUCAGGCGCUCGAAUUGCGCCCCUUGCGGCGCUGCUGCUGCCGUUGGCGGCGCCGAUGAAGCUUCUGCUGCUAAUACUGAUGGUGGUGCCCGUGAAGCUGCUGCGGCUGCUGCUGCUGUGGCUGCGGUUUGCUGCUGCUGCUUACGCUGCCCCUGCAGCUGCCGCUGCUGCUGCGGGCGCAGCAGCAGGAGAACUGCAGCAGCUACUGCUGCAACUGGCCUGCUGCGUUGCCGAUGGAGAUGGCCUCAUCCAUGCGGCUCUGGCCUGCACACUAGCAGCUGCAGCAGCGGCGGCCGCCGCAGCAGCAGCGGCAGCAGCAGCAGCAGCAGCAGCAGCCAUGAGAACAGCCGCAAGGACGGCGAAUCUGUUGAAGGGGCCCCUGCGGUCUCUUAGCAGCAGCAGCAGCAGCAGCAGCAGCAGCAGCAGCAAAAGCAGCAGCAAAAGCAGCAGCCAAACGAGAAACAGCAACUGCGUUAAAAACGCGGGCAGCACCAACGUGACCGCCAACUGUAUGGCCUUCCGGGGCAGCCUCUGCAGAGACGAUGCCAGCAGCAGCAGCAACAACAGCCACAGCAGCAGCAGCAGCAACAACAGCAGCCACAGCAGCAGCAACAACAGCCACAGCAGCAGCAGCAGCAGCACGAGCCAAAGCAUCAGGCCCCAGAUGGUAGUAAAAGAAGAAUCCGAAGGAGCAGAAGGGAUCUUCCCUGCGUACGGCGCAGCAGCAGCAGGAUGCAGCAGCAGCAACAGCAGCAACAGCAGCAACAGCAGCAACAGCAGCAGCACGGCCACGCUGCAGCAACCCGACGACCUUUUGCUGCAGCUGCAGUCUGAGUGGAGGCACAGCGAUGAGAGCUCGCAUUUGACAGAAGGAGCAGCGCCAUCCUCAGCAGCAUCAGCAGCUGCUGCUUCGGCUUCUGUUGCUGCUGCUGCUGCUGCUGCUGCUGCGGACAGUGCAGCAGCUGCUGCAGAUGCAGCAGCAGCAGCAGGAACGGACAGCAAGGCAGCAGACGACGACACAGAGUCUCUCUAUUCUUAUUACUCUGCGCCGGACUGCCUGCAGCGCGCAGACGCGAGCUGCUGCUGCAGUCCCGUUGCUGCUGCUUGCUGCAGCAGCCCCAGCAGCAGCAGCGACGCAGCAGCAGCCAAAGCAGCACCCGAGGAAGCCAGCAGCUUCAUUGAGUGCCUUAGGAGGGCCUCCAGCAGCGCAGCAGCUCCCGUGCUGCAGAAGGCAGCGUCUGAAACCUACACGCAGCAGCAGCAGCAGCAGCAGCAGCUGCUGCUGCUGCCGAACAAGGAGCAGCAGCAGCGGCAGCGGUCGUCGCCUGUUCAGGGCGAAGCAGCAGCACAGAAUGGCGCUGCAGGCCCUUCGCUGCGGCAGCAACUGUGGCUGCCGCAGCAGUUCAUGCGGCAGCAGCAGCAGCAGCAGCAGCAGCAGCGGCAGCAGCAGCAGCGGCAGCAGCAGCAGCAGCAGCAAGGGGAGGCCUCAAGUCCCCUCAAAAGAAAGAAGGACCUCCAGCUGAUGUACAGCGUCGUCACUGCCUCUGACAGCCAGAAGCAGCAGCAGCAGCAGCAGCAGCUGCUGCUGCUGCAGCUGCCGCAGCAGGAGAGAGAACCCCCCCCUUCGAGCUGCCGCUGGCCCGAUGCCACAGACCCCGCAGCAGCAGCAGCAGCAGCAGCAGCAGCAGCAGCAGCAGCGAUCUCGAUAAAGGGGCCCCCUCAGCUGCUGCACGGCAGCGCCCAUCAUGCAAACAGCGCGUGCCGCCGGUCUCGGAGGCCCUCGCUGCCGCUGCGCUGCCGUUUGCUGCAGCAGCAGCUGCUGCACGAGCAGCAGCAGCAGCAGCAGCAGCAGCAGCUUGGGGCGGCUUCCUACGAUUUCAGCGGCAGCAGCAACCAGCUGCUGUCCGUUGCUGCUGCUAGGCGCCGCUGCGUCUCCUGCGAUGAAGGCGCGCCCGACAAGCAGCAGCAGCAGCAUCGGCUGCUGCUGCUGCUGCACGGACGGCCCGCCCUCAGCAGCAGCAGCAGCAGCAGCAGCAGCAGCAGGUACGGCGACAGCAGCAGCCCCUCCGUUCGCGGCCGGCUAGGUGUACAGACACCCCAAACCACGGUGUCACUUCCUGCUGCUGAAACUGACACGCUGGGUGCAGACACGCCGCUGGCAGCAGCAGCAGCAGCAGCAGCAGCAGCAGCAGCAGCAGCAGCAACAGCAGCAACAGAAACAGAAGCAACAACGCCAACGGCAGCAGCAGCUCCUGCAGACCGGCAAGAGACACAAACGGCGUUGGAGGCCGCUACGGCGGCAGAGAGCAGCAGCAGCAACAGCAGCAGCAGCAGCAGCAGCAGCAGCAGCAACAGCCGGCCUCAGCUGGCUGUGGAAGCACGGAGCGCCAUUGCUACACCGUGGUUGUCACCUGCUGCAUCAGUUGCUGCAGAGCCGCAGAUAGCAGCAGCAGCUGCAGCAGCAGCAGCAGCAGCAGCAGCAGCACACAAAGGCGCUGCUGCAACAAACCUAUUCCUGCAGCUUCCACCGCCGCGGUCCCAAACAGCUGCGGGGGAGGUGGAGCCGACUGAACUGCAGCGGCAGCAGCAGCAGCUGCUGCAGCAGCAGCAGCUGCUGCAGCAGCAGCUGCAGCAGCCGCUGCAGCAGCCACUGCAGCAGCUCCACCUGCAGCAGCAGCAGCAACAGCAACGCACAGCUGAAUCUCCACAUGAGGACCCCUGGUGGGAAGGACGGAGGGCCACCGUCUCCACGGAAGCAGCAGCAGCAGCUGCAGCGCCAGCAGCAGCAGCAGCAGCAGCAGCGGCUUCGCUUUCUGCUGCUGAUGGGUCCCCUGGGCAGCAGCGGCCGCUGCACCUGCGGCACCCCACACCUUUGCUCGGGUGUACAGACAGCUCAGGCCCCGCAUGCAACAGCGCGUGGAGGACCCCCUGCAGCAGCGCAGCAGGAAGCAGCGCUGCUGCGACUCCAGGGAGUGCAGCAGCAGCAGCGUCUGCUGCUGCUGCUGCUGCUGCUGGCUUCUUGUCGCCCCUAACAGCAAACAGCAGCUGCGUCAAUACCCCUUUCUGUCAAACGCCCACAGCUCAGCAGCAACAGCAACGCACAGCUGAAUCUCCACAUGAGGACCCCUGGUGGGAAGGACGGAGGGCCACCGUCUCCACGGAAGCAGCAGCAGCAGCAGCAGCGCCAGCAGCAGCAGCAGCAGCAGCAGCGGCUUCGCUUUCUGCUGCUGAUGGGUCCCCUGGGCAGCAGCGGCCGCUGCACCUGCGGCACCCCACACCUUUGCUCGGGUGUACAGACAGCUCAGGCCCCGCAUGCAACAGCGCGUGGAGGACCCCCUGCAGCAGCGCAGCAGGAAGCAGCGCUGCUGCGACUCCAGGGAGUGCAGCAGCAGCAGCGUCUGCUGCUGCUGCUGCUGCUGCUGGCUUCUUGUCGCCCCUAACAGCAAACAGCAGCUGCGUCAAUACCCCUUUCUGUCAAACGCCCACAGCUGUGGGGCCCCUCCGAAAAGAGGCCCCUUACCUCCAGCCUGUUUGCUUCCUGCCGCUGCCGCAGCAGCAGCAGCAGCAGCAGCAGCCGCAGCAGCAGCAGCAGCAGGAGGGCGACAGCCAGGUGGCCGCUCUUCUGCCGGGCAGCCGGGCGUCUACUAGCCCGUUGACGACGCAGGCGCGGCUGCUGCAGGACCAGCAGCAGCAGCAGCAGCAGCAGCACCUCAAGUCUCCGCAGCAGCAGCUUCAAGUGCAGCAGCAGCAACAGCAGCAGCAAGAGCAGCAGCAGCAAACGCUACAGGAAGGACCAGUCGAGUUCUUAAGCGUAUGUUUAGCUCCCAGCAACAGUGUAGCAGUAACAGCAACUGAUGCAGUAUCUCAAAUGCAGCAGCAGCAGCAGCAGCAGCAGCACUGGAACAGCAGCAAGGAAGAUCUGUAUUUGUCGCGCGAUCUGGCUCGCUGCGUGGCAGACCGCAGCAGCAGCAGCAGCAGCAGCAGCAGCAGCAGCAGCAGCGAGUGCAGGGAUGUUUCACACUGGGAUCUUCUUUCCUUCAUUAAAGACGAGGCGUCAAGCCGUCGUGUCCGCCCAGCAGCAGCAGCAGCAGCAGCUGCUGCUGCUGCUGCUGCUGCUGCUUUUGCAGCAGCAGCUGCUUCUGCACCUCCCCCUUUCGCACGAAGGCCUGCCACAACUGCCCCUGCAGCAACGAUGCCAGCAGCAGCAGCAGCAGCAGCAGCAGCAGCAGCAGCAGCAGCGCAGAGAAGCUCUGACUCUCCAGUGUUGGAUGAAAGUGCACUUUUAAGGCGCAAGAGCGACGGAGUUGUGCUGCUCACAGAGUCCCCAGCUAAGAGCCAGCAGCUGCAGCAGCAGCAGCAGCAGCAGCAGCAGCAGCAGCAGCUGCGUGUUUUGCUGCAGCAGCUGCAGCAGCAACAGAGUGCAACAGCCUCAAACCGCAUCAUGUACGGCGUCAGCAGGGCUAGCAGUGUUUACAGCGUGAUGGAAGGCCCCGAGCCUGCAGCAGCAGCAGCAGCAGCAGCAGCAGCUGCUGCUGCUGCUGCUGCUGCUGCUGCAAGCCCUUCGAAACGCCACCGCAGCGACGGGUCACUUGCCCCUCCCCGCACACAAGUGUGGGGCGCCGCACCCCUUCAGGACUCCCUAUGGGCUUCUCCAGAAGUAGCCCCACAGCAGCCACUGCAGCAGCUGCUGCAGCAGCAGCAGCAGCAGCAGCAGCAGCAGCAGAAUUUCGUGUCACCGGAUGACACACAUGCGAACAUUCUCACUAUGAAGAGCCGCCAACUCCCCGGCGAGCCGCUGCUGUUGAAUCCGCCGCAGCAGCAACUGCAGCAGCUGCAGCAGCUGCAGCAGCUGCAGCAGCAGCAGCAGCAGCAGCUGGCUGGCUCGCAGCAGGGCUUCUGCGUUCGCCGUGGCCUUGCGGACCCGCUGCUGUGCAGCAGGGGCCCCAACGCAGCAGCAGCAGAUUACGGGGCCCCCUUCUCGCCGGCCACCUGCGGCAGCCAGCAGCGGGCGCUGCCGCUGCAGCAGCAGCAGCAGCAGCAGCAGCAGCAGCAGCAGCAGCAGCAGCAGCAAAAGGCCAAGCUGCACAGGGGAGAGGCCUCCAUCCCCGAGACGCAGCUGCGGAGUUUGCUGCAGGUGCCUUACAAGUUAGAAUGUGUAGUUUACUUUGGGGCAGUCUUGUGUCUUGACGCGCUGCUGUACGAGGUCACAAUGAUGCCGCUGCAGGCCCUGCGCGUGCUGCUGCUGCUGCUGCUGCUGCUGCUGCGCCGCUGCUGCUGCUGGGCCAGGCGCUUGGGCCGGGCCUGCAGCGGCUUCAGCCUGCUCAGCAGCGCCCCGAGGCGGCUGCGUGCGGCGCCGCGUGUUUUGGGGGCUGCUGCGGCAGCAGCAGCAGCAGCAGCAGCAGCAGCAGCAGCAGCAGCAGCAGCACUCAAGAGCGAAGCGCGGCUUCGAGGCCGCCGACCCCCCGCCCCCGCCUCCGCAGCAGCAGCAGCAGCAGCAGCAGCAGCAGCAGCAGCAGCAGGAGCUGGAGGUGGGCCGAUUCUGGAUAUCGGCUCCGGACUUGUGCGGCUUUUUGCGUUUUUCAGUGCUGGGGCUGUGCGCGCUGCUGUUCGGGUGUAUAGACACCUCAAUCGUCUACCACUGCAUCCGCGCGCAGCCUUUUGUAAAACUUUAUGUCAUUUUUAA